AUGUUAAAAAGUUAAUCAACAGAACUAUUUGUCAGUCCUGAAGAAUUAUAAAGAAUCACAUUCUUUGCAACUCAGAAUCAAAGGAACAGUCAUAAACCAAACAUCUCAACUGUGAAAUAGGAAGAAUACACCUUUAAGCCUUCAAUCAAUAAGAAAUCUGCCAACAUCCAAAGAACAGUCGAUGAUCUCUUAAGAUGGAAUGAAAGGAAAUCAUAAAGAUUGUAACAGUGCUAUGAAGAUGCUACAUAAGAAUUGCAAUAAAAUGCCAACCGCUUAACACAUGAAGUUGACACCAAUUAGCCUAGUGUUUUCGAAAGAUUGUAUGUUGUAAGAAAAAGCAAUGAAACCAUUUAAUGUAAAUGUUCCCUUGCAAUUCAUUUAUAAAUAGAAACCACUAAGCGAAAUACAUCUGACUCACAUCCAUACUUCACUAAGAAUAUGUCCAACACACUCUAUUCUGAAUACAAAAAACAAAUGAGUGGCACCCCAGAAUAAUAAGAGAGCGAACAUCAACAAGUCCUAGAAUAAGAAGAGCCAACUCCUCAAAAAGCAUGUCUGCCCAACAGAUUCUAUUUUGAUCAAUCAGAACAUCAACAAAAUACUGAACCUGAACCUAAAGUCACUAUACCAUAGCAUAUGUUUGUAGAUUUCAGAUAACAAAUCAAAUAGAUCAACGAAGAACCUGAACCAGUUCCUUCCAAAAAGCCAAUGAAUAAGAAGGAGAUAGAUCUCAUGGUAGAGAGAAUGAAUAAUUGGCUAUCAAAAAGAAAUUAUAAGAUCUAAGAACAAUAGGAUAGACAAAUGCAGAAUGAAUCCAACGAAUGUACUUUCUAUCCAAAACUUAGCUGCACAAAGCAAACUAAGGCAUAGCAAUCAAUUCAAAAUUCUCAAAGAGUUUCAUAAUAAUCCUCAUAUUCCAAUUUAUUCAGAAGCAAGAACAAUUGA